AUGCCGGUCGCCAUUAUUACUGGUGCCAGUUCUGGUAUUGGCAAGGCAACAGCUCUACUCUUGGCCAGAAAUAAUUACAAAGUUUCGCUAACAGGACGUAAUGUGAAAGCUUUGAACGAGCUUGCUGGAUUAAUUGCUAGCGCUGGAGGAGAUAAAAACGAUGUGUUAGUGACUCCUGUUGAGUUGUCUUCCGAGGAAGCUCCAAAGACGAUCAUCGAUGCGACUGUUCAGAAGUUUGGUAGGAUCGACAGUCUGGUAAGGAUGUGUUCAAAUAUUAAGAGGACGUGUCAUGUAGAAAUUCAGAUUAACUCUGCAGGAAUCCUGCGUGCCGGUCCAGUGCUCGAAUCAGGAAUUGAAGUGUACGACGAGCUGAUGAAUGUGAAUGUCCGUAGCUUGGUCAGACUGACUCGUGCCGCCCUCCCCCAUAUCAUCAAUACCAAAGGGACUGUUGUCAAUGUAAGCAGCAUCAAUGGUCCAUGUCCGUUCCCUAAUGUGACGUAUUACUGUAUGUCCAAGUCUGCAGUAGAUCAAUUCACCAAGUGUUUGGCUCUAGAAAUGGCUCCAAAUGGGGUCCGUGUAAAUGCGGUUUGUCCGGGAGUAACAGUGACCAAUCUUCAUCGUACAUCAGGCCAAGAUGAGACGACCUAUUCCGCGGUAAAUUGCUUGUUUGACCUUGAAAAGAAUUCUCUCUGUUUUCCUUUUCAGUUCUUAGAACGCAGCAAAACGACACACGCUCUCGGCCGUCCAGGCGAAGCCAACGAAGUUGCCGAAGCGAUUUUCUUCCUUGCAUCUGAGAAAAGCUCUUUCACAACUGGAGAACUUCUUCGUGUUGAUGGUGGAAGAGGAAUUAUGCAUCCACGUUGA